AUGUCUUCGUCAAACACAAGCUCCCAAAGUCCAGAGGUUGCUGCCUCUACCGAGGUCGUUCCUCUCGCCAACACCUCGCUGCUUAACAUCAACAUGGCCAAUGUGACCAAACUCACCGCCUCCAACUACCUCAUGUGGAGCCGUCAAGUCCAGGCUUUACUCGAUGGAUACGAUCUGGUUUCCUUCCUCGAUGUUGCCUGUGUCAAACAAGAUCCAACAAUCACUAAAGAUGGCGUUACUUCGCCUAACCCAGCUCUCACCGUAUGGAAUCGCCAAGAUAAGCUGAUCUACAACGCUCUCCUUGGUGCCAUCUCCACAUAUGUUCAACCUCUCCUCUCUCGCGCGUCCACCACUGCUGAGAUCUGGGCCACUUUGGGAGGACCGGUUGGGAAGUCUGCAGUUUCCGUCCCUCGACUGGAUCGCCUCGGUACAAUUCCGCAUUGUGGCGUCUCGGCGCCGUCCGAUGGCCUCCGUGGUCAUAGAACAGUUCGGGGGUGUUACAGCCAUGUUCGUCAACUCAAGCAAAAACUAGAUGGUUGGAAGAAAGGUUCACGCACCAUUGCGGAAUACUUUCAGGGUCUCAUCGUCAAGUUUGAUCAGCUAGCGCUUCUGGGCAAACCAGAAACUCAUGAAGAUCAACUUGAAUACAUUCUCGGUGGUCUUCCCGACGACUACAAACCCAUCGUCGAUCAAACUGAAGCCCGUGACACUCCGCCUACUCUUUCUGAACUCCAUGAGAAGCUGCUCAAUCAUGAAGUGAAGCUGCUUGCCUCUGCUUCUAAUGUCCCCGCUUUUCCGAUCUCCGCGAACUACACCACCAAUCGCUCUCGUCCUUUCAAGACUAAUCAUCAGCGCUCUCCCAACAACCAGCCCACCUGGUCCAAUCAAUCGCACACUGGUCCAACCAACCAGCGCUCUCGUCGGCCUUAUCUUGGCCGUUGCCAAAUCUGUGGAACACAAGGGCACUCUGCCAAGCACUGUCCGCAGUUUCGGCCUCCUUAUUCGCAGCCUCCCUUUCUUCCCACGCCAUCCAAUGGAUGGAUGCCACGUGCAAAUCUUGCUCAUGCCACAAGUUCCACUCCUUGGAUCAUGGACUCCGGCUCCACUCAUCAUAUAACUUCAGAUAUCGCCAACCUGUCUCUUCACCAGCAGUAUAACGGUUGUGAUGAGGUUCUCAUUGGCGAUGGUUCUGUUGCAACCCAAUUUGUGUUCUGUUGCAACCCAUGA